UUUAAUAAACAAUUUCUACGACCCUGUCUAUCAUUCGCAAGGACGAACCUCAAAUACAAGAUACCGCGCGGACGGUGUCUUAACCCUAGCAAGGAAUUGAAACGCAAAGUAAUCAGCGAGUCCUAUGUGAUAUAGGAAGUGUAAUUUGGAUAUCAAUACCGAUCCUAAAUAAACAUGGCAAGCAAUAAGAUAGGCAACGAUUUUUCACCGAGUAUCAAUUCCAUAACAGCACCGCAACCUAUCAAAACCACAGGAAAGUCACGUAUAUGGAAAGAUAUGUAUUCGAAACUCCGGAAAAACAAACAAGACCUCCGAAACGGCUACGCUUAUGGGAAAAAACCACCCAAGUAUAACGCGCCAUCUCCGAGUCUGUCACCAGACAUCCAGACUAGUUCCUUUGUAUCCAUGACAUCGAGCAAGACCAAAUCCGUGUCUGCAUCCGCUUCGACUUUAAAUUCCAAAACUCCAAUAAGUAUCUCCGCGAUCAAGCUUUAUCAGGACAAUGACACUCAAACCGAUGACGUGAAGGAUACAGACACGACUGAUGACUGCAUAAUGGCGUUGGCACUUGCCUGUAUCAUCGUUCUUCCAUUGGCCAUUAUCCUUGUUCUCGUCGGCCUAUCAACCCCGUUUUGGUACAAUACAGGAACCGGGAACCUUGGACUUUUUCAGAUGUGCUACACCACUUCCGGUGUAUGUGAAACUGCAAAUUCCUUCUUUUCUACCAUUUCCUCGACAGCACAGGAGACAUGGAGGGUAGUGUCUAGCCUCGCAGUGGUAGGAACCUCUCUCUUCAUCAUCUCUCUCAUCUUCCUCUGCCUCUACAUGUCCUGCAAGAGGAUCGACAACAAGAAGAUCUGCUGCGGGGUGAUCAUUUGCUUCAUGUUAUUUCUUGGAGCUGGAUGUGUCAUCAGUGGAAUAUCUCUUGCUGUAUCACUGUACAUGCAGAUUGGUAGCAACUACGCUCUGGAAUGGUCAUUCUAUCUUUCUGCCGUCGGAGGAGGCAUCGGUUUCAUCGCUUUUAUCAUUUUCGCCAUACAUAUUUGUUUUCUUGUCAUAGACUAAAACGCGCAUUGCUCAUGACGUCGCGCAUCAUCGCGAAAUUGAGACGAUAUUGACCAAAUAUAAAUAUCACUUGUCGGGCUGGCGUUUCCUUCACCAAACUACAAGGAUACGACAACAGAAAUAUAUGUCAACCUCAUCGCUUCGUUGUCUCUUAGACUCGCAUUCCAUUUGUUCGUUAGAAUAGUACACGUGUUCCAAGACAAAGAAUGGUCGAAUUCCUGAUACUCAACAGACUACGUAGUCGGGGCAGUUAGGUCGACGGAACACUAAUCGAUACUGUAACUGAAUAUUAUAAUUACCGGAACUGAAUAGCGAAAUCGUUUUGAAAUACAAGCUAAAUAGUA